CCGGAGCAUUCUCAAUUGGACACAAAGUAACCCUCUCGCUUCCGGGGGGAGGGAGGAGAGAGACGGAGGAAGGCAGCCGGGCGUUCCUGCGAUCGCUGCACAAAAGCAGGCGAAGAACCCCCCCCCCAACUCCCCGGGCUUGCUUUCCGUGCCAUCUCCUUAAUUCGGAUCGCCGCCCCCUUAAUUCGGAUCCAGGCCCUUAAUUCGGAUCGCCGCUCCCUUAAUUCGGAUCAGCGGGUUUUGUUUUGUUUUUUUGGUGGGAGAGCAAGGAAAGGGGCGCCUUGGAUGCUCAGAAAGUUCACCCUCUCUGAAGCGGCUCCCGGUCCCCCUUCACAUGCCCCCCACGAUCGCCCCCGGAGGCCUGCCCGGGGAUGAGGCGGGGGUCUCCCGGGCCCCCCCUCGCGCCCCAGACCCCCGGGUGGGCUAGCCAAGCCAAGGAAGAGCCCGAUCCGCCGCCCCCCGUUCUCUUUCCGGGUCGCCGCUUGACCCCCGCUUAGUCCUUCUCCAUGGUGCAGAUUCUGGCCCUGGUGUGGCGGAGGCUGCUUCGGAAGCGCUGGGUCCUGGGGGUCGUCUUCGGGCUGUCCCUCAUCUAUUUCCUCAGCAGCACCUUCAAGCAGGUCAGUUGAGACCUCCCCACCCUCUCUCUCUCUCUCUGGUUUCGUUUUCCGGCGUCUCUGUUAUUUGUAUCGAUCGCGUUUACGGUAUACAGUGUAUCAAAGUGGCCGACGGGGUUCUCCCCUGCCCCCCAAGUUAUCCUUCACACAACAACCCUGUGAGGUAGUUUAGGCUGAGAGGCAGCACUCCGCCCAAGAUGGUCCACAUGUGAGCGCCAUGGGGAUUUGAACCCUGGUCUUCCAGGUCCUAGUCUAAAACUCUAACCACUGCGCCAUCGCUGCCUCUCACCGUUGGAGGCAGCAGUGCUUCUGAAUCCCAGUUGCUGGAAACCUUGUGUUUGUGUCCUGCUUGCUGGUUGUGUGGCCGCUGUGAGAACAGGAUGAUGGACUUGGAAGGCCCCUGGAUCUAAUACUAUAAACGUUGUUGUUGUUUAGUCGUGUCCGACUCUUCGUGACCCCAUGGACCAGAGCAUGCCAGGCACUCCUGUCUUCCACUGCCUCCCGCAGUUUGGUCAAACUCAUGUUGGUAGCUUCCAGAACACUGUCCAACAUCUGGUCCUCUGUCAUCCCCUUCUCCUUGUGCCCUCCAUCUUUCCCAACAUCAGGGUCUUUUCCAGGGAGUCUUCUCUUCUCAUGAGGUGGCCAAAGUAUUGCAGCCUCAGCUUCAGCAUCUGUCCUUCCAGUGAGCACUCAGGGCUGAUUUCUUUAAGAAUGAAAUUUAAAAAAUUCCUUCCAGUAGCACCUUAGAGACCAACUAAGUUUGUUAUUGGUAUGAGCUUUCAUGUGCAUGCACAUUAACUUAUUUGGUCUCUAAGGUGCUACUGGAAGGAAUUUUUUUAUUUUGUUUCAACUACGGCAGACCAACACGGCUACCUACCUCUUCCUUCAGAAUGGAUAGUUUGAUCUUCUUGCAGUCCAUGGGACUCUCAAGAGUCUCCUCCAGCACCAUAAUUCAAAAGCAUCAAUUCUUCAGCGAUCAGCCUUCUUUAUGGUCCAGCUCUCACUUCUAUGCAUCACUACUGGGAAAACCAUAGCUUUAAACAUUAUGUUUAAACUAUAAAAGUUUGCAUUUAUAUAAAGCACAGCACAGCCAAUGGUCCGGGAAGGUGAGAGCCGCAGUCCAUCACAUCUAAAGGGCACCCCCUUGGCUAUCCCUGCAAUAGAGCUCUCAGGGGUUCAGUGUGCUUUUCACGUUCCACCUUUGUUGAACUCUUUACACAACAACCCUGAAAGGUCGGUCAACGUGGUCACCAUCUUGCGGAUGUGAAGGGAGGGGCCUGAGGGCCUUGCUUAAGGCGACAGAGUGAACCCAGAGCAGGGGUGAGAUUCAAAGGGAAAUUUGGCAUUACGGAUGACCAGCCUCUUUAGGUGCUGGCCUGCCUCAGUUCCGUACUUCAAGCCCAUUGUUUAGCUCAGUAAUAUACAGUAGUUUCGAACAAAGGAGCUACAAAGGCAAUCGUCCCAUCUUUUUGCAGGGGCUGCCUCAUGCUGACAUUUCCCAGAGUGGUUUAACCAUCACUCCCUCUUCAUAGGAAACUGCAAAUUGUAGGUCUUUGAGGGGAACAUGGGGGAUACCUCCCAAUAACUCUCAGCACCCAUAACAAGCUGCAGCUCCCAGGGUUCUUUCAGGGAAGCCAAGACUGCUUUAAAUUUGUGGUUGUGAUGUAAAUUUAUUUAUGUAUGCCACAACGGCAGCAAGGAUACUUUUGGCCCAGAAAUGGAAACAGCAGGAACUUCCCACAUUGGAAGAAUGGCAGACCAAGAUGAGAGAAUACGUAGAAUUGGCAAAGUUGAUGGGGAAGAUCCGAAAUCAACACAACGAACUGUUUCAAAAGGACUGGAGCAAAUUUAUAUUAUAUAUGAAAGAACAUUGUAAACCUUUGAAAACGUUUGUAGGUUUGAGUUGAAAUAUUUUGUCAUGCGAACACAGGGAACUGAUUUACAUUUAAAGAGGUGAAGUUUAUCAAGAAGAAAAGAAGGUAAAUACGUGGAUAUAGAAAUGCUAAGAUAUAAGUGAUUAUUUAUGAAAGCCAGAAUGUGGGAUGAGGGGAGGUCAGUGCUCAGUGUGAGCAAUGCUUUAGGUUAUGGAAUGACAUAAUGGAAUGUGAAUUUGGUAAAAUGUAAAUUAAAUAAAAAUAAAUAAAUGUAUGUUGUGAUGGUGGCCAUAGUUCAGGCGGGUUGUUGUUGUGUUCUUUUUAAAGGGGCUGGAUUCAAAUCAAAAACAUAGGAGCAGUCUGGCUGAAAGGGCAACUUGCAAAAUGGUCUCUGCGUGCUCUUUAAAUUCACAGAUGUAGCAACUUGUGAGACCCAUGCAUCUCGGGGGGUUUUUGAAACGAGGCAUGGGCAACCCACCCCCUAAUGGAAAAAUACAAUGCACAAAAUGACCUUUUGAAAUCAUCUCCCCUGCUGCAGGUUCAGGCAGCAUUGGGAGGACAGGACUGUAACUCACCUCCCAUGCUCCUCUGUUUUCCGUUUCAGGAAGAGCGAGCCGUACGAGAUCGGAAUCUCCUCCAGGUGCAGGACGAGGAUCACCCGAUUGCGUGGAAAGUGCAGUUCAACUCCGGGAAUGGCAGCCAGCCUGGUAACCAGUGCCGGAACUCUGUCCAGGGGAAGCUGCUGAUCACAGAUGAGCUGGGUGAGGCUCCCUCUUCCAAGGGUGGUGUGGUGUAGUGGUUAGUGUUGGCGUAGGACUGGUGAAACAUGAGGGCUGUGUUCCAUCUCUCCUGAUGGAGGCUGCAUGCCUCUGGGUACCAGUUCCUGGGAGUUGGGAGUCGCAAGUGGAGAGAGAUUCUCAUUCCAUUUGGUUGGCCACUGUGCGAAAAGAAUGCUCUCAUUUCCUCAUUGUGCCUGAGCUUUUACAUAACAUAAUAAACCACUUCCAGUAAUACAGGGGAUAGGGCUGGGUGAGAUAUCAAUAAACCAGUUUUAAAUCCAUAUAUGAUACUGGAUUCAUAAUUUUUGACAAGGUAAAGGGACCCCUGACCAUUAGGUCCAGUUGUGACCGACUCUGGGGUUGCGGCCCUCAUCUCGCUUUAUUGGCCAAGGGAGCCGGUGUACAGCUUCCGGGUCAUGUAGCCAGCAUGACUAAGCCGCUUCUGGUGAACCAGAGCAGUGCACGGAAAUGCAGUUUACCUUCCCGCUGUAGCAGUACCUAUUUAUCUACUUGCACUUUGACGUGCUUUCAAACUGCUAGGUUGGCAGGAGCAGGGACUGAACAACGGGAGCUCACCUCGUCGUGGGGAUUCAAACCGCCGACCUUCUGAUCGGCAAGUCCUAGGCUCUGUGGUUUAACCCACAGCGCCACCCGCGUCCCUAGUAAUAUACCCGCGUGACCUGGUAAUAUAUCACAAAUCAUGAUGCAUCUUAGGGGUGGGCGAUAUAUCAUCCAAAACUGGUUUCAAGUCCAUAUAAUGAUACUGUUUUCAUAAUUUUUGACCUGGCAAUAUAUUGCAAAUCACGAUAUGUGAGUGUGCUGUGCAAAAUAUCACCAUGUGGGGAAAACCACGAAGCCUGCCAAUUGCUUCUCCCUAGCUCCAUCCUUCUUUCAAACAUUGUGAUAUAUCAGUAUGUCACGAUGUUUAGCUUUAACAAAGUUGAAAACCAGAUGUCUCCUGGCCCUAAUAGUGGAAUGUAGCACAACUUUAGCUCUUCAUUUCCAUGUUAUUUGCAACCAGACUUUUCCUGGAAGCAGAUUUCAAGGAAACGAGUGCUAAACUUGCACAGAAUUUCCCUGGAAGUGGCAUUUACGUCGUGCAGAAGCUCAAGUGCUCAGUAGGAAUUGGCAGGGGAAAGCGCAAUAUACUGCUGUGUAAAUGCAGCCAUAAGCACCACGCCACUGUAGCACAGUGGAAGAACAUUGGAUUUGCAUGCAAAAGGUUCCUGGUUCAAUCCCUGGUAGGGCAUGGGGAAGCUCCCUGCUGAAUCCCUGGGGAGUUGCUGCCAGUCAGUGUAGACAGUUCUGAGCUAGAGGGGCCAAUGACAGCACUCUAUGCCCAAGGCAGCACUCUAUGUUCUAUGGCUUUCCCUAAUAAAGUACAGUGGUACCUUGGUUCUCAAAUGCCUUGGUACUCAAAUGCCUUGGUUCCCAAACACCGAAAACCUGGAAGUACGUGUUCCGGUUUUCGGACGUUUUUCAGAAGCCAAACGUCUGAUGCAGCUGUCAGCUAUUAUUAUUUAAAAGUCUGGAAUGGAUUAAUCCGUUUUGCAUUACUUUCUUUGGGAAAGCGUGCCUUGGUUUUGGAGCACUUCAGUUUUGGAACGGACUUGCAGAAUGGAUUAAGUUUGAGAACCAAGGUACCACUGUAGAUAUUUGUUGUCUCUUCACUCUGAUUUCAAACAGCCUAGAAUGUCAAGUGCUAAUUCCGUCCUCAAUAUCUCUUCCGGUCUUUUUUUGCGGGGGUGGGGUAGGUUACAUCUGCGAAAGGAAGGACUUGCUGAUGAAUGGCUGCUGUGACAUCAAAGCCCCCAGUGCAAAGCUCUACAGCUGCGAGAGCUGCUUGCCCAACGGAUGCUGCAGCAUCUAUGAAGCCUGCGUUUCCUGCUGUUUGCAGCCCAACAAGGUAUGGUGGGUUUUGGCAUGAACCCUGGGCACCUGCAGCAAAAUGUUGCAGCGCAGCAUUGCCGCCUCCUCCACCACAGGAGUGCUUCCCUUCAGGUUGCCAGCCAGCCAUGCCCUCUGUUGGAAAACACUUACAGGGCUCAAGCAGGCCAUUUGAUUUCCUUUGUCAUUUGCUGUUUUUUUAACACACACAUACCUCUAUGUACAUACCAUAUUUUUUGCUCCAUAAGACACACUUUUUUCCUCCUAAAAAGUAAGGGGAAGUGUCUGUGCGUCUUAUGGAGCGAAUGUGUGGUUGAUUGCUGGCUCCCUUUCUGGCCCCGCCCCCUUGCCCAGGCCUCCAUUGUUGAAUGUUCUGCAGAAGGAGGCUGUUUGUUUCCCCAGCGACAUGUGACUGGCUCAUUAGAUUAUCUGUUUGGAAACUGUAUCUGUAGAAAUGGCUCCCUUUCCUUCCUAAAGAAGCUGCAGAACUGUGAGUUGAACCCCAUAAAAACAGGACUUUUUCCCUUUGCAAAGUAAGCGCAACAACUUUGAGCUGAUCCUCAAAAAAAAAACCACAUGAGGCUUUUCCCCUUUGCAAAAGAAGCUGCACAACUGUGAGCUGAUCCCCCAAAAAACAGGGCUUUCCCCCUUUCCUCCUCUAAAAACUAGGCGUGUCUUAUGGUCAGGCGCGUCUUAUGGAGUGAAAAAUGCAUUAUAUAAUAGAUUCUCUAGCACCUGCCUGAUUGCAUUUCACCCAUUUGCAGCCCAGUUCUCCACUUUUAAAAACAUUUUUUAUUAACCAAAAACAACAACAAAAAGUUCAUCCUUCAAAAAGUUUGCAGCUCCUCCCAGUUUGUGUCAUCAGCGUCGUUCUGUUUGCUCGUGUUUUAAUGGGGAAUUCAGCGACUCAAAAAUGCUUGCCUGCUGGAGAUCUCUCAGGGUGAGAGGCUGGGAGGAGACUCCUUUCUCUGUAUGGGACAAAAGUUAAGAUUUACAAUCGUACCUUGGUUGUCGAACGGAAUCCGUUCCGGAAGUCCAUUUGACUUCCGAAAACAUUUGACAACCAAGGCGCAGCUUCCAAUUGGCUGCAGGAGCUUCCUGCAGCCAAUCGGAAGCCGCAUCAGAUGUUGGGGUUCCACAGAAUGUUUGCAAACUGGAACACUCACUUCCAGGUUUGUUGGCAUUCGGGAGCCAAAACAUUCGACUCGCAAGGCGUUCAGGAUCCAAGGUACGACUGUAUUUGUGAGAGAAUUCUUCUAUCUCUUCUAUCUUUUUUUUCUUUUCUUUCUUUUUAUUAUUAUUUGUUUAGAUUAGCUUGUCCUUUAUAAUAUUGCGAAAACUGUUAAUAAAACUUUGUCCAGAAAUAAAAAUAGAAAAUACUUGCCCGUUGUCUGCAGCUGCUCCUUCUCCUCCACUGUGCCAUUCCUGCCUUCAUAACUCUUCUGUUAUCACCUAACUUCCAUCUUUCUUUCUUUUUUUAACCCCCAGCAACGGCUCCUGGAGCACUUUCUAAACCGAGCUGCGGUUGCCUUCCGGAACCUCUUCAUGGCUGUGGAAGAUCACUUUGAGUUGUGCUUGGCUAAGUGCAGGACCUCCUCGCAGGUACGGGGAGAGGUCUGCGGGGCUGACUGAGCAGCAGGUCAUGAUCUCCUCUGCUCCCAUCCUGCUCCUGGUGGGUUAAGUUCAACAGAUGAGCAACACAACCCACCUGUCAGUUGGGCAGAGGGGAUCAAUAGCAACCAUUCUGGGAAACCCUGUUCUAACCUGGGGUGCCUGGGAUUUCAGAUGUUGGAAUGAAUCCACGACAGACGAGUGGCAGGUGUCAUAUGAGGCGUCUGCCGGGGCGAGCCCCGGGAACUCUCUUUUAUUGAAUAUUACAAACAUUGCCACAGGUGUGCUUGUGGCUGAUUGGUUGAUACAAACACAAAGCAACUUGUUGCUGAUUGGUUAACAUAGGUACAAGGCGGGAAUUACAUAUAACCAUUUAUCACUGAUAGAUUAAAGGCUGGGAACGGAGCUGGAACUAGACAGGCAUGAAACCUCCUUAUUAAAUUAUAACUAAAGAUUGAUAUUGAAAGAACAUAACAUGAAAGAAUACAACAAUCACGUUCCGUAGAUGUGGUCAGCAAUGCACUAAGAACAGGUCAGGGUACACUGUUUCAUGAACUCAAUGGGAACUGUUCAGAACAUUCUCAGACUCAUGUGCAGAGGCAAAAACUUCCCAGCAUCAAUAAUAAUAAUAAUAAUAAUAAUAAUAAUAAUAAUAAUAAUAAAUUUAUUUAUAUCCCUCCCAUCUGGCUGGGUUUUCCCAGCCACCCUGGGUGGUUUACAGCAUAUAUGAAAACAUAAUAAAACACCAAACAUUAAAAAUCAGAAUAUCUUAUACAGACUAUAAAUAAACCAAUAAAUCAAUAGAAAUAAUAACAACAAUAACAACAACAACAAUAAUAGCAAUAACAAUCCAUUUACAGUUAUACCUAAAUUAAAAUAACUGCCAAUCCCAGCUAAACAUUUAACCAACCCAACAAAAACAAGAAAGAGGAACCAAAAUUAAAACCUUUAAAAACAUUUUAGCCGACGACAUUUGCAGGGUUGCAAGAAGUUUUGUGAGGAGUAUUAUUAGAAGUAUUGUAAAAAUGGACAAGGGGGAGGAUGAUUUGUUAAGAGAUGUAAAGGCAAUAUAAAGUUAAGAAAUGCAUAAGAAGUGGUUAAAACGGUGGAUCAUCAGAGGUGCUGAUGGAAGUCUAAAAAGGUUGUAUAAGUGAUAAGUUUUGUGGUACAUUUUAUAAUUUAUAUGUUAAAAUUAAUUUUAAAAAAUAUAAAUAAAUAAAAUAAAAACAUUUUAGCCAGUUGCCCCAACCCAAGAGUUGUUCUAGCAAUGUCCCUCCAGUCUCCUAGGAGCCUCUUUUAGCUGUUCCAGGUGAGUCUGGGCCCUGCCCCCUAGGCCAGGUGGAAAUGGCCAUGGCAGCAGCAAUCUCAUGCAUGAAAAGCAUACAAUCGUAGAAUUGGAAGGGACCCCAGCAGUCAUCUAGUCCAACCCCCUGCAAUGCAGGAAUCUCAGCUACAGCAUCCGCGACGGAUGUGCACUCCGUCAUUCAGCUGCUGGCCGCGCUCUGUAGCUGCCUGGCAAAUCUGUGUCCCUGCAUGUGCUCUGUCUUCUUCCCCCACCCUAACAAAUAUCUGUCCCCCCCCCCUUUCUCCCCUUGCCCAGAGCGUGCAGCAUGAGAACACCUACCGCAACCCCAUUGCGAAAUACUGCUACGGGGAAUACCCUCCAGACCUCCUGCCAGUGUGAUAGCGGCAAGGGGACUGUGGCAGCAAGGAGAGAGAGACCGGAGGCGUUAGCCAGUGUGGAACGGUGACAUUGUGAGGACACUCAGACACCUGCCUUUGUGCUGCGGCACCCGACUUAGCCUUCCAGGAAAGAGCCUCUUUCAUCCACCUGUUGCCGCCUCCCUGCAGUUUGAAAAUGGGAUGAGGGCAGUGAGAGACCUUCCGUCGGCUGUCGCCAAAGGACUGUGUUCAGACGCGACAUUGUGGCUACCGUCAGUCCUGCCCCCAUUUUGAGAUACGAACAUAAUAGAAGUUGUGUCUCUCUCCCCGUAGCCUGUGGGCCUUCUCUCUCUCUCUCUCUCUCUCUCUCUCUCUCUCUCUCUGGCCUGACCAACAAACACAGUGAAUGACAAAAGGUCCCUUUAGAUGAGAGAGCAAUGCUUUGGUUCCUUGCAGGCGAGAAACGUCCUUUAUCCUCAAAUCAUGCCGUGUAAAUACAAAUUAUUUAUUGGGAUGACACUACGGCUCAAAACAUAUUGCAGGGUGUUCUAGAAGCCGGUUACAGGAUCGUGUUGGCGGCGUUGGUCCAGAGAAAGCACUUCGCUUUAGAUUGUUCUCCAGGCUUUGUCAUUAAUCUUGUUCCUUAUGGUCUGAUCUUUGAAUUGAUUUGGCUGUUGCUUGCCAGCAGGGGGCGGUAGCAAAUAGCACCGUUUCCUGGCUUUGGAGCUAAAUAGAGCUGAGGUUUCUCUGCAUAUCCAGAGUGGAAAUCCCUGGCCUGCGGGCCUAUCUGGACCCACCAGGCUUCCCCAUUGGGACCAGGGAGCUGUUUUACCCUAGCACCACCCACCUGGUGUCGCCUAAAGAGGCGGCUGUUGCAAGAAAAUGGGAUUUACAGGCACCGCUGGUCAGCUGAUCAGAGCUGUUCUCACAGGGCUUCACAAGCACCUAUGAUCAGCCUUCUCCCCACAUCGCUGUGAUGUUUGGUGGUUGUCAUGUGGGCAGCCCCCACCCACCUGUCAAAUUCAGCCAGCAGGGAUUAGUGGGUUGUGGUACUGUGAUUAGAUGACUGUGGGUUGAGGGAAAGUAAACCAAAAAAACCCACACCUAUAAAUGCAGUACAUAGGGCACAGAUGCUUGCAGUUCUGAAUCUCUGGUACUGCCGUGUCAGCCCAGUGAGCGAAGCAGUGAAUGACCCAAGUAGUGGGGUAGGAGAGGUGAAAAUAAUGCCAAGGUAUUUGACAUCUGGCAACCAAUGCGCCCCUUUGGUUUCAAGUAGUACAUGGGUAGACGAGUCUUUAAAAGCCCGGGACACAAAUUCUCACAGCCUUCUAGCAGGUAUGGGGACUCAUUUGCCAGAAGUCAUGUAUUUUGCACAGGCAUAGGCAAACUCGGGCCUCCAGAUGUUUUGAGACUACAGUCCCCAUCAUCCCUGACCACUGGUCCUGUUAGCUAGGGAUGAUGGGAGUUGUAGUCCCAAAACAUCUGGAGGGCCAAGGUUGCCUAUGCCUGAUUUAGCGUGAUCUCUGGAAGCGUCCACUCAAUUCUGACCAGGUCAGUCUCCUGAUAGGUGUUGUGCUCUAGGAAGCUUAGUUUGGUCAGAAUCGAGAAAACACUUAAAUACAUUACUUCUGGUAAAUGAGUCACCAUAUCUAGGCUUUUAAGACGUGUACUACCCAUGUACAGUGGUACCUCUGGUUGCAAACAGGAUCCGUUCCGGAGCCUCCUUCGCAACAUGAGCAGAACGCAACCUGCGUGUGCGCGGGUCGCGAUUCGCCGCUUCUGCACAUGCGCGUGACGCCAUUUUGAGCAUCUGCGCAUGCGUGAGCGGCGAAACCCGGAAGUAACCCUUUCUGGUACUUCUGGGUUGCUGUGGGACACAACCUGAAAAGAUGUAACCUGAACCGAAUGUAACAAGAUAUGACUGUAUUAUCUGAAACCAAAAGGGAGCAUUGGUUGCCAGAUGUGUUUUUUUUCCUGCUCUCCUACCCCACUAAAGAUGCUUUUCUGCUCCAUGAGUCAUCUGGAGAUUGGGAAGCAAUCAAUGUUUCGUGAUGCAGCUGUUUUCCUCUCCUGUGACGUCAUCAGGUAGCCUUGGAAUGAGCCACCUGCGUGUAGAGCAAGCGUGGGGAACCUGACCAUCCAGAUGUUACUGAACUACAACUCCCAUCAUCCUUGAACAUGGACCAUGCUUGCUGGGGCCUAAUGGGAACUGUGGUUCAGUGGCAUCUCGAGGCCCAGAGGGUUCCCAACAUGUGGUGUGGCAUCCUGUCCAAGGGUCCUAAACUCAGCUGAUGAGUUCUCUCUGACCACAGAAAGCUUUAAUCUUCUACUGAUCAUGGAAUACUCUUUGUCACCUCUGAUUUUCCCACUUCCAGUGCGAAACAAAUGUCUAAAUACACUCCAUCACAAACUAAA